GGUUGAACAUCAUGGAGUCCAGGAGCUCCUGCAGCAUGGACUUCACCUCGGAGACUGUCAUGCAGGCAUGGGGCUAGAUGCUGGAAAUACAGAAGAGUGAGACCUAGUUCUGUCUUCGAGGCACUCACACCCUGGUUUGUGGAUACCUGUCUAUCUAUACAUCUGGCACUGGAUGGGCUUUUUUUUCUUUUUUGAUGUGGACCAUUUUAAAGUCUUUUAUUGCAUUUGUUACAACAUUGCUUCUAUUUUAAUGUUUUGAUUUUUUGGCUGUGACGCAUGGGGGAUCUUAGCUCCCUGACCAGGGACUGAACCCGAACCCCCUACAUUGGAAGGCGAAGUCUUAACCACCGGACCACCAGGGAAGUCCCUGGAUGGGCCUUUAGUCUAUAUGAUUUCAGAGCAUGUUGUAGGUUACAAAUAACUUAUUCAUCCUUACAAACAUGUGAGAGCCAGCUGAGGCUCAGAGUUAUGAGAUUUCUAAAGUUACAGAGCUGGAAAGCCCAGAGUCAGGACUUUAACCUGAUUUUCUGUCCCAGCCUGGGGUCUUUCUUUUUUCCCUUCUCUCCCUCCCUACUUCUUCUUUCUUUUAAACCUAAUCAUACUGAUAAUUAGAUCACAAAUAAGUGACCUAAACAAGCCAAUUAAAAGACAGAUUAUAAGAUUCAAUUAAGAAAAACCCAAUACUCAACUAUGUUCUGUCUAAAACAAACACACUUUAAAUAAAAAGACACAUACAGGUUAAAAGAUGGCAAGAAAUAAACCAUGCUAAUACUAAUCAAAAGAAAGCCAGAGUGGCUAUAUUAAUUUCAGAUUUUAGAACAUGAAAGAUUUUAGCAAAGAUAAAAAGGGAGGGAUAUUCCAUGAUGAUAAAGAUUUCAACUAAUAAAGAUGACAUAAUCUUACAUAUAUAUAUGAACCUAUAUAUAUGUGUGUAUAUAUAUAUGAGCCUAAUAACAUAGUUUCAAAAUACAUGAAGCAAAAAACUUACAGAAGUGAAAGGAGAAAUGGAUAAAUCCACUAUUACUGUCAGAUUUUAACUCUUUUCUUUCAGGAAUCAGAAAAAGUAGAAAAAAAAAAAGUAAGGAUAUAGAGGUUUUGGAAAACACUAUCAGGACUUCCCUGGUGGUGCAGUGGUUAAGAAUCCACCUGCCAAUGCAGGGGACACAGGUUUGAGCCCCGGUCCGGGAGGAUCCCACAUGCCACAGAGCAACAAAGCCCAUGCGCCACAACUACUGAAGCCAGUGCUCCACAAGAGAAGCCACCACAAUGAGAAGCCUGUGCACUGCAACGAAGAGUAACCCCUGCUCACAGCAACUAGAGAAAGCCCGCACAUAGCAAUGAAGACCCAACACAGCCAACAAAUAAAAUUAAUUAAUUAAUUAAAAAAAAAGAAAAACACUAUCAACCAACUUGACUCAAUUGACAUUUAUAGAACAUCUCACCCAACAACAUCAGGAUAUAUUAUCUCCAAAUGCAUAUGGAAUAAUAAUCUGGACCAUAAAACAAAUAUCAAUAAACUUAAGAAGAUUAGAAUCAUACAAAAUAUGUUCUCUGAUCACAAUGGAAUUAAAUAAGUCAAUAACUGAGAGAUAUCUGGGAAAAUUCCCAAAUAUUUCUAAAUUAUAUAACACACUUCUGUGUAAUCCAUGAAUCAAAGAAGUGACAAGGAAAAUUAUGAAAUAUUUUGAACUGAGUGAAAAUAAAAACAUGACAUACCAAAAUUUGUAGGAUGCUGCUAAAGCAGUGCUUAGAGGAAGAAACUAGAUAAGGAAGAACAGAGAAACUGAAGCAAAAGGAAAUCAUUUGGAUAAGAGUAAAAUAAAAGAGAAAACAAACAAAAAUGGAGAAAACAAUGCAAUUACCAAAACCUGGUUCUUUGAAAAGAUUAAUAAGUUGAUAAAGCUCUAGCCAGCUUUCACCAGGGGGAAAAAAACAGAGAAGACACAAUUUACCAACAUCAGGAAUAGUAAAGGGGACAUCACUACAGACUCUAUAAUGGGAAUAAUGAGAGUAUUAUGAAAAAACUUUCUGCCAAUAAACUUUGUAAAUUAGAUGAAACGGACAAAUUCCUUGAAGAAUAAAAUCUAUUAAAGCUCAAUAGAGGAGGAGGCCGGCCCGGAGGCGUCCCACCGAAAGGAGCCCGGCGCUGAGCAGGAGAUGGAGGCCGGGCGGCCGCGGCCAGCGCUGCACUCAGUGAACACGCGUGAGCCGUCCCAGGUCACCUUCUGUAACCGCAGCCCGCGCUUGGUGCUGCCCGUGUGGCUCAACUUUGACGGCGAGCCGCAGCCCUACCCGACGCUGCCCCCCAGCACGGGCCGCUGCAUCCACAGCUACCGAGGUCACCUUUGGCUCUUCCGAGAUGCUGGGACAUCUGAUGGGCUUCUAGUUAACCAAACUGAGCUGUUUGUGCCAUCUCUCAAUGUUGAUGGACAGCCUAUUUUUGCCAACAUUACACUGCCAGUGUAUACCCUGAAAGAGCGGUGCCUCCAAGUUGUGCGAAGCCUAGUCAGGCCUGAGGAUUACAGGAGACUGGACAUCGUGAGAUCCCUUUAUGAAGAUCUGGAAGACCACCCAAAUGUGUGGAAGGACCUGGAGCGGUUGACACAGGAGCAUAUUGAAAAUCAGUGGAUGGCAGAGCAGACGGAAGAUUUUAAUUGAAAUUUACACUCCUGCGUCUCAGCUUUUGACAGUCCUGACAAGUCUUGAUCUAGAUCUAGAACUGGUCGCUUUUUCUCAGCUUCAGGGUGUCUCAUUCUUGGAGUAAAAAUGCUCCACUGCUUAAAAGAAAGUUAACUGACCUCACUACUAGGCCUUGUGAUCUUUAAGGGCAAAUAUCACAAAAUGUAAUUUAAUGCCUGUCCCUUCUAGAAGUAUUUAUCAAGGGAAAGUUGUUGUGUUUUUGCCUCCUAGCGAGUCAUGAAAGUUUCUGUGUAAGGACUUUUGUGUUAAGUAAUUCUGUAAGAAUUACAGCAUAUUCUUGAGUGGUAAGAAGCAGUGGCAUCUGCUUUUCAUUCCUGUUUCUGGUUGGUGAUGUGCGCACCUCCCGCUCUGAGAGACCAGGUGUCCUUGGGGCAGGGACAAAUCUGUCUGCUCUUUGAGACCCCAAUGCCUCACACAUUAUGAGCCUUCCAUCCGUGUUUGUUUUUGGUAGAAAGGUUUAGAGGUUUUGACCCUUUUUUUUGAGGGGGGUUGGUAGUGGGGACCUUAAAGUAUAUACAGUAAACAAAUGUUUUAAAGGGAAUCAUUUUUAUAGAAAGCAGUUUUUAUAAUUUUCUAAAUUGUGGCUUUUCUCAGUCCGGUGUUGUCGCAGGGCUGUUUUAUUUCCAUUUCUAAGCCAGGAUUAGCUUUCUACGGUUCUUGUAAUGAUAGCUUUUUUGAAACUUGCUAUCUGCAAAGAAGAUAGGAGAAAAUAGCCGUCCCCUUGUUUAAUCAUAGCAUUAAAGAGCUACUCCUGUACUAUAAAUAGGUUUUUGCCAAGUGUGGGUAUUUCUGUUCCUUUUUGUAAAUCCAUGGCAUUUCUGUUUGAUGCAGCAAUUUUUCAUCAGGCAGGAUCUGAUGACACUUUGCACCUGGCUGGAGGAGAGGACAAAGCCCUCCAGCUUCUGGAAGUUACUGCCAACACACCAUGGAUUCAGAGAGUACCUGGAAUGUUUUCUAAUUUUAUACAUGCACAGAUCCUUUCCUAUAGGCUGGACUUAAAUUCAUUAACUCUUAAUUCAAUACUUCUAUCCGGCAUCCUUUUUUGGUAGCUAAUCAUUAAAAAUAACAAACUCCCCAGUAGAGAAAGUGUUGGAAGAGACAGAAAAAUAAAAGGAAAAGAUCCAAGUAGGUACACUACUUAAAUAUAACCACUAACUUAACAUUUUGAACUUUCAGCCUUUUUUUGGCUUAGAUUUAGGUAGUUGAGAUCAUACUGAAUAUACAGUUUUGUAUUCUACUUUCUCAUCUAACUUUAUAACUUAAAUAUUUUUCCAUGGUAUUAUAAGCUCUUCAUAGACACGAGUACAGCCUUCCUUUUAGAAAUAAUGGGGUAUUUCUUGGUGUCUCUGUUAGUUCCUUCUGCUAACCUUUGAGCACAAUUCCUGCGCUCUGAUAUCAGAGUGAAGUGAAUGAAUCAAAUGCCUUACAGUUUUCCCACCUAAUCUUAUUCUCCUCUUUCAACAUUCAACAAAUAAGUGCGCCUUUUUUUUUCUUUAGUUGUGAUAGUCAUUCAGUGACAUACCUCUAAUUUUUUUAUCUAAUUUUUUUGUUGAAUUGUUGUGCGGGGAAGAAGAAAUUCUGGUAUAGAAGGCAGCCAUGAUUUCAAAAAUGGGAUAGGAUGGAAGAUUUAAGGAAGCCUGCUGGUGCUGGAUUAGUUCAAUGUUGGUCUUAUUAUUUUUGUAAGCUUUGUGUCAAAAUGAGAUUUCAUGUUCCUGUUAAAACUUGCGAUUUGAGUGCUGUGUUUUUUGUGUUGUCCAAGGAAAAUUGAAAAUCUGUAGCAUGUAUGUACUCACUUGAAAUCUUAUGAAUGUAUUAAAUGUAUUGCUCUUAAGAGACUGUGAUCUUAAAAAACAAAACAAAACAAAACAAAACAAAAAACAACUCAGUAGAGAGAAAGAGACAACCUGAAAAGUCCUGUGUCUACUAAAGAAAUUGAAUUUGUAAUUAAAAACCUUUUCCUCCAGGAAAAUUCCAGCCCCAGAUAGCUUUAUUGGUAAAUUUUUUGCCUAACGUUUAAGGAAAACAUAAUACAAUUCUAUAUAAACUCUUUGAGAAAACUGAACAGUACGAAACACUUCUCAAAUCAUUUUAAGCAGUUAGCAUUACCUUGCUAUAAAAACCAGACACAAAUAUUACAAGAAAAACAUAGACAGAACAUAGACAUAAAAGAAAAUAAAAUGGAAGCUGCUGCCAGGAAAAAAAAAUUUGCAAAACAUGUAUUUGAUAAAGGACUUGUAUCCAGAAUAUAUAAAGAACUACUAUAACUCAAUUACAAGAAGGAAAACAAUCCAGUUUUUUAAAAGGGUAGAAGAUUUGAAUAGCCACCAUCACUAAAGAAGAUAUUCGAUUGGUAAAUAAGCACAUGAAAAGAUUCUCAACAUCAUUAGUCACUAGGGAAACACACGUUAAAACCAUGACUUGUUAAGCAUGAUAAAAAGUGUGACCAUACCAAGUGUUGAGGAUGUUGGGAAAAUGAAACCCUUGUAUAUCACUGGUGAGAAUGUAAAAUGGUACGGCCACUUUAGAAAACUGUUUGGCAGUUUUUUAAAAGUUAGAUAUACAUUACCAUACAACUGAGCAAUCCCAUUCCUAAGUAUUUACCCAAGAGAAAUGAAAACAUAUGUCCACACACAGACCUAUACACACAAAUAUUCAUAAACUGCUCUAUUUGUUAUAGCUCAAACCUACAAACAACCUAAAUGUCCAUCAACUGGUGAAUGCAUAAACAAACUGUAGUACGUUCAUGCAAUGAAGUAUACUACUUCACAUUAAAAAAGAAUGAACUACUGAUACAUGCAACAACAUGGACAGCCUCAAAAGCUUUAUACCAAAUGAAAGAAGGCAGUCACAAACUACCACAAACUAUAUGAUGCCACUUACAUGAAAUUCUGGAAAGGCAAAACUAUAGUGACAGAAGGCAGAUCAGUAGAUGCCAGGAGCCAGAUGAGGCAGAAGCAACUGACUGCAAAAGAGAAAGAAGAAAGUUUCUGAGGGAAGGAAAUGUUUUAUGUCAUGAUGGUGGUGUUUACAUGAUUGUACAUUUGUGAAAAUUCACUGUACCCUACACUUAAAAUUGGUGAAUUUUAUUUUGUGUAAACUAUACCUCAAUAAAACUGAUUUUUAAAAAUGCAAUGUUUUAUAAUGCCCUUUCUCUUUACUCAAGCGGCAAGUCUUCUCUAUUUUCAUUCCCUUUACCCUUGGGGCUGGGAUGCGCCUUCCUCCAA